GAUAUAAGGGAGCAGUACAAUGGGUGUUUGUAUGUGGGAGAGAACGCAUGAGAUUGGGGUGAGGAAGAUGUGACAUACUCAGGAAGGGGAGAAAGCUACAUGACUGGGAAAAUGGCUGUUAAUGUUGAUUCCACUUUGGAGGCCAGUGACGAUCUCAGGAGCCAUGAUAUCCUGGCUUGGGUUAAUGAAUCUCUACAGAUAAAUCUUAGAGCGGUUGAGGAGCUGUGUUCAGGGGCUGUUUAUUGUCAGUUCAUGAACAUGCUCUUCCCUGAGUUAGUCGUGCUUAGCAGAGUGAAAUUCCAAGCAACGUUAAAGCCUCAAUACAUUCACAACUUUGAAAUCCUACAGUAUUCAUUCAAAACAAUGGGUGUUGACAAAGAGAUUCCAGUGGAUACUUUGGUAAAAGGAACAUACCAAGAAAACCUUGCAUUUGCACAAUGGUUUAAAAAGUUUUAUGAUGCAAAUAAUAAAGGGAAAUCUGGACAAGGUCAAGAGACGACGAAAGAAGGACCUGCUAGGACCCCAGAGACUGGCAAAACAUCUGCAGAUGUAGGAGACAGGCAGGAUCAUUCUGCAGAACAAACACAACAGUUGAACACACCACUGGCUGUUGAUCAGACUCCUCAGAUUAAUCAGUUGCUAGACAUGGAGUGGAAGUUUGGAGUUACAGCAGCAAGCAGUGAACUGGAAAAAGCAGGAAGCAUCUUUUUACAAAUGAAGAUGGUAAUCAAAAAAGAUCACCGUCCAGAGACCGUAUAUGUGGAGUUAACUCUGCCACAGUUCUACAAUUUUCUACAUGAGAUGGAACGUGCUAAAAGCAGUCUGGAAUACUUUACAUGAAAAACAUCAGUGCACACACACUGAAAACCCUGUGUGCCUAUAAUAUUUAGAAACACUUUAUUUCAAAUCCCCUUUAUACCAGGAAUAAUACGUUAUCUUGGUAAAUUCUUAUACUAUAAGGUUUUGUAGAAAUCAAAUCAUAUAUUUUUUACUUAUAUGGCCCUCAAAAUACAAUGACGUUGGUGAAAAAAUCCAUUAAAAACAAGUGAAGGUUUUUCUUUUUUGUUUUUUUUUAGAAAUGUAUUUGCAAAAUAUGAAAGAUUUGUAAAUUUCUCAAAUGUUAAAAAUCUUUAAAAUAAAACAGAUGUUAAGGUUUA